AACCAGGCGAGUCUUAUAACAUUUAACUAAAAACAGGUAUACAUAACUAUCUUAUCAUAUACCACAGCCUAACCUUUUGUUUCUUACCUUUUUACACUGAUUAAUCAAUUUUUAUACGAUAUUUUUUAACCCUAUCGAUGAACAGCUCCACGAAUAAUGAUUCCACGAUGAAGUUCUUCCCAAAACACUUGAAAACACAGACGGUUCUCCAUAUACGACAUUCUCGAUGGACGGGCUCUCACCACAGCAGUUGGAUCACAACGAACGGUUCUGCUUUACUCUGGAAACUCUGAAAGUUUUGCAUCUUAUAAUCUGCAAGAAAUUUUAUAGUCUGCGAUUCGAACCCCAAACUUAGAUGUAUAAGUUUUUAAACCUUAAUCAAUAGAAUAGGAUGCUUCCAUGUCAAUUUUUAUUCUAUCUUUUCUACUAAUCAAAUAUAUUACUAUUAUGAAGAUUUUAUAAUAUAUAACACACAAUUUCAGUAUAAACAUUGACUACUUGAACUUUAAUUUAGAAGUGAAGAUUAACCACGUUUUUUCUACAAAAGUUUUAUAGGCUAGCAAAAAAAAGUUUGUAUGACCUAUUAUUAAUCAAGAAGUUUUGGCCUUUUAGAUUUGGAUUAAGACAAUUACACUAAAUAUACCAGAUUUUGUCCGCAGCAUAAUAAUUUUAAAAUGCAUUAUAAAUAUAAAGAUCAUCAUCAUAAUUAGUUAUUUGUAUGUUCUUAAUCAUUUUCAUUUGGAUUUGAAUAAGACCAUGUAAGCCAAUCGAAUAAAAAUCAGAUCAUCCAUUUCUGGUAUGUAUUUUGGGCUUUUGGAUUCAAUAUAUUUUUGGAUUAAGACCAGUGGAUCUUGGCCUAAAAAGUAGAAAUCCUCUUGUUUUGGGUGAUAAAUAUGACAUACGACUAUUAUUAUUUUUCUAAAAUGUAAAACCCAAACUUAUACUAAUAUUUUAAUUAGAGAAUAGUUUCCGAGGUUAAGAACUAAAAUGCGAAUACUUUUUGGAUCGAAACUCAAUUUCAGAUUGUUUUAAAAAAAGAUACAACAUUUUCCUUCCGAUUCCCUCUCUUUAUUCGAAAGGGCUUUUUUCUAUUUUCUUUCAACAAAUUCAAACUCCUUUCUCCCUCACCGUUAACGGAAAAAUGCAACCUCCGAUUCGUAACCCUAACCCUCGCCUCGAGUUUCUCAAACCGCUUCUCACCGACUCGACCAAGCAGUUCUUGGCACAGCACCGUACGGGCCGAACCGAUUUCUCCGAUUUCGAAUCCAUCUUCACUCGCCUCCUCCAAGACCACCGUCCCGAUCCGCCUCUCGAGCUCCUCUGGUUCUACUCCGCCGUCGUCUUCCACUCCUCGAAGCAAGAUUUCGGCGAAGACUCCGUGAGGCUAACCAGGAGCCUCUUCCAGAUGCUGGUCCCUCUCUCCGAGUCCUUCUCCGGCGCGAAGAGGGCGGCUACGCUGUCUCCUCUCGUUUACAAUCUGAUUCGGUUGGUUAAGACUAGGAAGGAAGAGGUUUCGGAGCUGUUGGAUGCGAUUGUGAGCUACGUUAGCGCGUAUUGCGGAGAUGAAGAACGAGGAGGUUGUGGUGGUGGUGAGGAUGAGGAUGAUUUGUUGAUGGUGACUGGGUUUAGUUUUGCUGAUUUGAAUCGAGUUUGGGUUGUGGAUGAAGUGGGAGUGGGUGAUUGUUUGGAGAUGUUCAUGCCGUUUGUUGGUGAAAGAUUGCGGAGAGAGGUUGGUUCUGAGUCUUGUAGCGUUGGUUGCUUAGCUGGAAUCGUAGCUUCUCAGCUUCUUUUGCUCAAUUUGUGCUUGAGGUUUGAUUCGGGGGAGAUACGAAAAGAUCUGCGAGAGUCUGUGGUUCAGAUGAUCAAUGCCUUCCAUAGUUGCUACUUCUUUGAUGGCAUUCUCAAGAUGCUUCUGGUGGAGCCAUAUCUGCAUCUGACUCCACUACUGGGCCCAGAAGACGAAGCUGCUUUAAUUGAAACCGUAACGGAAGCUGUGAUUGAAUCGGCGGAGAGUCUAUUCCUAAACCCUGGAAGUGGAAAUGAUCAAAGGAGUUUACAGUUGAAGAACGUUGCUAUCAACUGGUUGUUUCUUUUUGCCAAGGCUUCUAUUAGGAAAACUGAAGAUCAAGAGGAAACCAGUAGGUACAUGAACAUGUUCUCCAGUUCACGUAUACCAUAUCACUUGGUCAACUGGGUGAUCAGUCAAGGUGAAGUGAUUAGAGAUGCAGACACACUGCUAAACUCUACGCCUGUAUCCUUCAUCGAAUGGCUUUUAUCGCUUGAAGAGCAAGGAGUAAGGGUUUUUGACUGUGACCACUCCAAGAAUUACGCCAAAACAGUGGUUCACUGGUCAAGACCAGAUGUCACUCUGAAACAACAAGUUGGGGUUGAUCAAGAUGCAGACAUGGCUGAUGAUCACAUUGUGUCAUCUAUCUCAGUUAUCAGCAGCAGCACAAGAAAACGUAAAGAAGAGAGGCCUGAUAAGGAGGGAGAAACGAAAACGAAGCUCUUCAAGCAUAGACCCAACAACUUUCAAGAGAAGUCAAGAUUGCAACCUUUUGUAUUCUCGGAUCGUUUGGUGAAUGCUACUGAGGUUGGAGUUUCAGACAUGGAGCUAUGAGUGCUGAAAAAUCGGCUUUGCAUGAAACCCUACAUAUGGUCGAAAUGUAAGAACGCUGCUGAAGUAAUAAUUGUUGUCUAGAGAUCUUAACAAGUCACUUUAUAAGUUUUAGGAUUUACUUAACCAAAAGAAAACUACUAUUGUGGAUCUUUAAAUCGUAAACUCUUGAAGUCCUUUUAUA